CGAUAGUCCUCGAAAUAGUCUUGAUAAACUGUCUUAAUCCCUAACCUGCCGUUUCGUGACUUUCCCCACCCGCCAUACUUUUUGAAUUGCAUCUCAGUAACUGAAUGAUGUUUCAUUGGAUAGUCUCAGUUAUUAUUUUGCCCUUACUUCCUGAGGCUACCCAGGGAGUAGGCAUUGAAUUGCCAAUAUCACAAGCUGCAGAGUACAUCCCUAAUGGAAGCGCAUCAUCUGGGGUUGGUUAUUUUGCGUACGAGUCUGCUCAGCUUACUCCAAACGUGGUAGCCAAUCUUAGCCGUUACAACAUCAGCGAUCCAUCGGUGUUCGAUUUCCCAAGUGCAGAUACGGCAGCUAAAAGCAAACGUGUGGGCUUGAAAUGCAAGGUGAUGCCUGGGGAUCCUGAAUGGCCAUCGGAAGAUCUCUGGCAAGAAUUUGACACCUUGCUCGGAGGUGCGCUGCUCGAGGGUACCCCUUCGGCUUCGGUAUGUUAUCUUGACUGGCCUGAUUAUGACCAGGAGAGGUGUGAUAAGGUCACAGAGCUCUGGCUAAAUGCUACCUGGCAAACAAAUCAGCCCACAGGCCUGAGCUUUCCCAUCUUCGAGGGUGUGACUUGUAUUCCCCCAAUAUAUGCACGGGCAAAUGCAACGUGUACGCUUGGUGGCAUGCCAGCCUACAUCGUCAAUAUUACGACUGUUGCACAGAUACAGCUCGCGCUUAACUUCGCCCGGAAUCUAAAUCUGCGCUUUAAUAUUAAGAACACAGGUCACGAUUUUAGCGCCAAGUCCACUGGUGCAGGGGCGCUUUCUAUCUGGACACACAACCUACGUGACAUCCAGUACCUGGGCGAAUCUUAUGCAGAUACGUCAGGUCGGGUCGGUGCAGCAUUUAAGAUAGGCUCUGGAGUAACCGUGGGUGAGAUGUACAAGGCUGCUGAUGCGCAAGGACUUCAAGUCACAGGAGGACUUGUCAAUACGGUCGGAAUUGGAGGUGGAUACUCUGCUGGCGGCGGCAACGGACCGCUGAUAUCCAAGUACGGAAUGGCAUCCGACCAGGUCAUUUCCAUGGAGGUUGUUCUUCCAGAUGGUCGCUUUGUCUCUGUUGACGAGGACAACUACUCUGAUCUGUUUUUUGCUCUUCGCGGGGGAGGCGGCAGCACCUGGGCCGUCGUCACGUCCUUAGUCUUCCGGGCCUAUCCCAGAACACCCAUAACUAAGCUCGCGUACACAUUUGGGUCGGGAGCAUCGUCCAACUCCUUCUGGGCAGGGGUUGGUGCUCUAUUUGCGCAGUUUCCCCAUUGGCCCAAAGCUGGCUUAUACAGCUAUUGGUCAAUCAGUUGUGCCAACACGACUGGUUGCGUAUUUUCUAUGACAUCCCAGUUUGCGCCAGAUCUACGUGCCAAGGAAGCAGAAGCAUUAUCCAAACCCCUGUUCGACAGACUAGCAGAGCUUAUUGUUGCUGUGGAAAAUUUAACAGUGACCGAAUACGAUACCUAUCUCGCGGCUUUCGACGAUACUUUCCCGGAAAGUACCAACCAAGCUGGGAUUUGGAACUUCCAUACCGCAUCGCGCUUAUUUCCCGUGGCUAAUUGGGAGAAUCCGCAAAAGUUAUCUGCCCAGAUGAUUCUAUUUCGCCACGAUGCGGAGACAUAUGGUGAAAUCUUUGGCUAUAAUCUGCAGCCCGCAGCCAACUCUGUUGUCAACCAGACGAAUGCCGUCACGCCCGCCUGGAGAGACACAUGUUUAUUCCUAAUGGCCUCCACAACAUAUACCCAAGAAGCAACACCUGCCGAAAUCGCUGCGGCUAACAAGGCACUCGUCGACAGACUGCAACCAUGGCGCGAGAUGGCCCCUGACUCUGGCGCAUAUCUCAACGAGGCGGACAUCAAUGAGCCAAAUCUGCAGCAAACGUUCUAUGGUGACAACUAUCAGUACCUGUACAGCCUGAAACAGCAGUAUGACCCUUGGGGUGUGCUUUAUGCAGCGACAGCCGUGGGUGCGGAAGAUUGGUACAUCACAGAUCAGAUUGAUUACUAUCCAACUCAGAAUGGCAGGUUGUGUCGAGUAUGAUAUGCGAUGGGUAGAGUAUUAACUCAGCAUGUAACAGAAGGUCAUUCGUUCUUACGAUAUAUAGUUAUCAGACUGAAACAUGUAGCAUAACUGACAGCGUAAUCUCCAAAUACCCGAAUUAUUAUAACAU